CAAUUCCACAAAAGCCCUAGCCUCCUCUUUAUAUAAGUACACAUUAUUCCAGUGUUCCUCGCUGUGGUAAGCCCUAUUUUCUCCGCCGAACUAUCUCACAUCACAACCAUGGUGGCUGCCAAGAAAACUAAGAAGACUCAUGAGUCUAUCAACAACAGACUAGCUCUUGUGAUGAAGAGUGGAAAAUACACUCUAGGGUACAAGACCGUGCUUAAAUCUCUCAGAAACUCAAAGGGGAAGCUUAUAAUCAUCUCCAACAAUUGCCCUCCUCUUAGAAAAUCUGAGAUUGAGUAUUAUGCUAUGUUGGCGAAGGUUGGAGUUCACCACUACAACGGAAACAAUGUCGACUUGGGCACUGCUUGUGGUAAAUAUUUCAGAGUGUGCUGCCUCAGUAUUAUUGAUCCAGGUGAUUCCGAUAUCAUUAAGAGCGUGCCUGGUGAUCACUGAUUCGGUUUCCAGGCAGUAGAAUGUCUCGUUAGUUUUAUACCUGUUUUUGUAUUUUUGGAACUGGGUUUCAAUCGAGAGCACUGUGUUAUUGUUAGCAAGAACUAUUUAUCUGGAACUUGUAUGCUUCUUUCGUAGCCAUUUUAUAUGUACUAGAUGUUUAAGUGAA